GUGAACUGGUGAAUAAAAUCUACAGAUGACUUUUUAGCAUGAAGUUUGACUAAAAUGGAUCCAAAAGUCGAUGACAUGACAUUCCAGACCAUUGGUGGCUGGUCUGGUUAUCUCUGUUGUUCAGAAAAGUUGCCAUUAAGCAAAAGGAAAGAGAAAAUGUCACAGUUGCAAAAUUAAGUUAAAUUAAAUGGUAACUGAUAUGUCUGAGUGAAUAAACGAAUAGCAAACGUCCAAGAUUUUGGAUAACGGGAGAGAAAGGAAAGCAUCGGGCAAUGCUUUAUUUAUUCUCCAAGCGAAGCAUGCCAAGACUUACCUGCAAGAAAAGUUGAUCGGUUGUUAGUAAAAAGGAAUCAUGUAAUAACUAUUACAUGGUAAAUUAUAUCUGAUUGAUUGUUACACAGAGACAAAAGACAUUGAGAUAUUCUUAAGGCCUCAACCUGUCAUGUAUCUUGUUUAUUUCUUACUUCUCCUCUGUUGUGUCAUAGGCUCCGUGGCAUCUCUUCUUGUACUUAUUAUUCUGUUUCAUUGAAUUAGCUGAUUUUAUCGAAGUCCUUAACCUGCAAAACAUGUUGAGCUUCAUUAGGCCGAUUGUUAUGUUCUAUUUCUAGGAUGUAAUGGAAAUCGACCAUACAAAAAAGUAAAGGAAAAUGUGAAGUUUGUCUUCUUAUUUUUCUGUUUAUUUUGUUGGCCUAGAAAAUUUACAUGUUUGAUUAGUCCAUUUAAUGAUAAUAAUUUUCUAAUAUUUUAUCAGCCAAUAAAUUAAUGACUUUGUCUCGAGGCAUUUACCAUAAUACUAAUUGGAUCACUGGACUUUUUUUUAAUUCAUGAUGAUAAUAUCCUGAUUUAGAGUUCGACAUGUGAUUUGAUUUACUCCAGAACAUCACCCCACUUAGAUGGCUUAAUUUCCUGAAAUUACUCCCCCAUUUUCUCCUCAUAGCAGGCAAUCAAUUAUAGCCAUUCAACUCAAAAAAACCAAUAGACGAAAAAAAAUGGUGCACUCCGUGAAAAAUAGAAAGGUUUCGUUUGCAGACAGCCCUCUGCAAUUCAGGAGGAGGGGGGAUAAUAAAGAAAGAGAGAGAGACAGAGAGAGAGAAGCAAAGACGUAGGGAAUGGAAAGCGUUCACGCAGUUAAUGGCUCAGCUCCAGCUUGCCCUGAUUUCAUUUCGUAUACGGUAAAAAAUGCAGCAGGAAAGGUGAUUUCCAUCGGCUUGGCAUUUGUUUUCAGCAACCUCUCACACCAGCUUCUAAAGCCUCUAUCCCAACCACGCAUAGCUUCUGAUAUUGCUGUGGGCCUGGUUCUUGGCAACAUAAGUUUGAUACGCCAUGCUUUCGAUGAACAAUUUAUCGACAUAUUAAAUUCUAUUGCUGAAUUUGGUAUGAUAUGUUACAUGUUUGUGCUGGGAAUGGAAAUGGAUCCAUAUGUAAUCUUUAAAGCACCAUCAAGAAAUGCUAUGGUAGCCUAUGCUGGAAUGGUGCCCACAAUCAUUUUAGUUUGCAGCAUAACCCCAUUGCUGCACUAUUAUCAGCACCCUACCAUUGGUUUCACUCUUUCCCUCUCCACCACUCUCUCUGGCAGUUCCUCCCAUAUACUAACUCGCCUUAUAACCAGUCUCAAAAUAGGCAAGUCAGAUAUAGGAAAACUUGUAAUUGCAGCAGGAAUGCACUCUGACAUGAUAUCCGUGCUUCUCGUCUCCAUCGGAUAUCUUCUUUUCCCAACCGCUAUCACAGUUAACGAUAUUGCUGCAAACAUUAGAAUGACCUUAACUAUGGCUGCUGCUUUGCUGCUCCAAAUAAUUUUCACGGCCACAGUUUCACCCAUCUUUAUGAACUGGGUGAACAACGAAAACCCUGAAGGGAAACCCAUGAAAGGUUCCCACUUGGUGCUUUCCAUUGCCUAUAUGGCAUUUGUUUGCAGCGGUGCCCCGAUUUAUGGAUACAGUCCCAUUCUCAGCGCAUUCGUGGCUGGAGUUUUCUUACCGAGUGAGGGGAGAGUAUCAAAAUGGGCAGUUGGCAAAAUCAACUACCUAUUACCUACCAUUUUCUACCCAGUGUUCUUCUUUUGGAUGGGGUUUCAUGCUGAUUUCAGCAAAUUUGAAGCUAGCCAUUGGGGAACAUGGGGAAGGUUUUUGGUCCUUGUAUUCAUCACAAUAUUUGGCAAAGUGAUUGGAACAGUCAUAUGCGGGGCGAUGUUAGGUUUUCAUCAGCGUGAAUCUGCUGAACUCGGUCUCCUUUUAACUGCAAAAGGCCACUUUCAUGUAUUUCUUGCAGUUAUUGGAAUCCUGUUAAACAUAACAACUACUACGACUAGCAUUUCAAUCAUUAUUGUGAUCUUCCUUUCGGUUCUACCCACCCCAUUAGUUGUGUCACAAAUCAUAAAACGUGCGAGGAAACGUGCACCUACGCAACGAGUGGCUCUUGAGUGGCUCGACCCCUCUAAUGAGCUUCGGAUCCUGCUAUGUAUUCAAGGAGUGCAUAACGUGCUUUCAACCAUCAACUUCAUGGAAAUUUCUCAAGGGGCAUCAGAUCCAGGAAUUCUGGUUUAUCUUACCGACAUGGUUGAACUCACAGAUCACAUAGCUUCUACACUGGUUCAAGAAGGAAUGGACACUGUGACCGUGAUGGACAAGGAUGUAACCGAGAUGAGAGAUCAGAUCUCUACUGCAGUCCAAGCUUAUGUAGAGGAAAAUGGCAAUGGUAUAACACUCAGACGAAUGCUUGCUCUCUCAACAUUCGAUGGCAUGGCCAAAGAUAUCUGCAAUUUAGCAGAGGACUUGAUGAUCUCCCUCAUCAUAUUGCCAUUUCACAAGAACCGGCAUGCAAAUGGGACAUUGGACGGGGGUAAUCCUGGGUUCAGAUAUGUGAACCGUAAGGUGCUCCGGAAUGCACCAUGUUCAGUGGGGAUUCUUGUGGACCGAGGUUAUGGGUUGGUAGAGAAAAUAUCAAAGUCAGUAAGCUCUUUCCAAGUAGCAGUCAUCUUCUUUGGUGGCAAAGAUGACAGAGAAGCACUAGCUUAUGCAGGUCGUGUUGCACGACAUCCUGGAGUAAAACUCACGGUGAUAAGAUUCCUACUUGAUAGUGAUUCAGUGACUACCUCGAGAAGAGCUGGCAAUUAUAGGAUAAAUGCUGCUAAGCAGGAAGAAGAGAUGAAGCUUGACGAUGAGAGUUUUGCUCAAUUCUAUGAGAGACACAUCGCUGGGGGGCAUGUUUCCUAUAGCGAGAAGCAUGUUGCCAAUUCAGCCGAGACCUAUACUACUCUGAGAUCAUUGGAAGGACAGUAUGGGCUAAUAAUAGUAGGGCGUGGUGGGAGGGUGGACUCGAUAUUGACAAUCGGCAUGAAUGACUGGCAGCAAUGUCCGGAAUUAGGCCCUAUAGGGGAUGUUCUUUCAGGGUCUGAUUCCUCACACACAACCUCUGUUUUGAUCAUCCAACAACAUAGUCUUAAGGGAGAAUUAGAUGGUGUGGAUGAUGAGUUUUCCAUCAUGUAAAUCUCUAGAGAGAUGGUUCUAAAAUUUAGGACACUAAUUGUAGGAAAGAAGCAGAAUAGUUGUAGAUAGAGCUGGUAGAAAGGAAAGAAAUCAUGCAGAUGGAAAGGUAGAAUGUAAUCUAUGAUUAUUCACUUAAUGAGAUAAGAAAAAAUGGAAUAAUUA